ACGCAGCACUUAUAUAUUGUCCACUGUUCAAUUACAAAAUCAUCCAAUUCGCCUCCGAGACGCGCAAUCGACUUCGGCAGCCGCCAGAGCCCAAAUAUUUAGCAAACGCAUCACAAUUUGAGCAAAAAAACACGGAGCGCAAUCAGCUUGUGAUUGUGUGUACUAUCUGCUGCCAUUGCCUGCCUCUGCCUGGUUGCCGACCGAACAGACCAUCAGCCAGCCAGUCAGCGAGCCAGCUAGCUAGCCAGCAAAAACGAUAGAAGAGGCAAGAGCGUGUGAAUGUGAAAGCGAAUUGGCGUUGCAAGUGAACGUACCAUACAACCGAUACAACAACAAAAGCAACAGCAACAGAUGUUAUAAACAAUAAGAACGCAGCGCGCUCAAUUACAUUAACAACAAACAAACAAGCAAACACAAAAAACAUUUUAAAAAUUGCAAUCGCAUACGUGUGCAUGUUGUGUAAACAAUUUGUCAGAGACAAGGAAAAGGGGGCUGAACAACGAUCGCAAUCAUAAUACUGAAGCAUAAACGUCCAUAUCGGCCAGAGAUCGCACUCACAUUAGCUAUAGCCAUCACCGAUCAAGAUAAAGUUAUUUGCAGUAAUACCAAUUAAAAAUGGCCGCUGUCGGCACUGCCGUUGUUAAUGUAGUAAACGACUGCUUUACUAUCGGCUCCACAGUUCUGUGCACGACCUGUUUUAAUGAGGAAGUGGAGGGCGAAGUGCUCGCAUUCGAUCAAUAUACAAAAAUGCUAAUACUGAAAUGCCACUCGAAAUCUGCGGAAGAAUUGAGUGAUGUCUAUGUGCUGAACCUCUCUCUAUGCAGCAACGUUCAACUAAUCAAAGAGUGCAAUGGAAAUUGCAUCGAUGAUCCGCAAAAGCUUAAUCUGGAGCAGGUGAAAAUGCGUCUACGGAAAACAGUUGAGAGAAGACAGGACUUUCUGAAGUCGAAAAACGCAGAUGUCAGUCCAGAAGCACAAGAACUCUAUAGAGCGAUAGCUAAACAAUACGGGUAUAAUGAGGUGUCCUGGCAGGGACCGAACAUACAGAUUUUAAAUGAAGUAACCAUCUCACCGCCGUACCGUGUGGACAAUGUUGUAUCCAGUUCGAACAACGAAACCUCGUGCAACUACAUCAAACGAAUUAUCAAACAGUUCUUCAACACGAGGCCGUCGCCGGUACCGGAAAAUACGCACGCUGCGGCUAGCACGUCAUCAACAUCUGUGUCGCCAACGUCCUCAUCUUUAUCAUCGAGUAAUGCUGCUUCUGGUUCGCCGGUACCAGCUAACUAAUAAAAAAAAACAAAAAACGAUUUGCUUGAGAAAAGAA